AUGUCUACCGAGCGGCCGGCCCUGGCUGCGUCGCCUAGGGUUGUGGACUGGCAACGAGAUGGCGUUCAUCAGGUUGCGGGCCAAUUGGACGUCUCGGGCGGUCAUACCGAGGCCAGACAGGGGCACGAGGGCUAUGGGGAAGAGCUUGGCAGUGCAACCCCUUGUCCCCCGUCGAUGCAACACCCCGGAGCUCUGUCGCCGUGGCCAUCUCCCUCUUCCCCGGGGAUCCACGUGUUGAUCUGGGGUGGCGGGAGCCCCACCCACUGGGACGGGGAAUACGAGCUGGUGGUAGGGAACGGUGGUAGAGUGGGUGAUAUCCCCCGUCGACCUAUCAGGGCGCCUGCCGGAGACCGGGGGGCGUCCAAGCGGCUUAGCGGCCUGAUAAGACGCAUUUUCGCUCGCGUUUGUCUUCUUCGAGGCGACUGGAAGCUUGGCUCGUCGCGCGGAUUUCUCCGCCCGUCGAUAAAACCGCGGUCGCUCCCUUCUCCCUUCACUUGCUCUCUUCCCUCCCCCAUCUCUCACUUCCUCCCUCUCCUCCUUCCUCCCUCCUCUCUCCCUGUCUCUCACCGUCCUCUCCGGUGUUUUCACGCGAACUCGACCUGCGACGCAGACUCUGACCCCGCAAUCGACAAGCUCCGUCAUUCCCACGCCAUUCCUGCAUUGACCGCCGAUCUGCGAGAUCUCGCCUGCAUGGAAUCCGUCGAUCAGAAAUCCCCCGGCAUGGCCACUGCGGAGAACCCUGUCACCGACCCCGUCGCCGACGCCGGUGAGGUGCCCCGCCCGCGCGGAUGGAUGUACAAGUCAUUCAAGAUCGGUCCCUGGAACACCGGCUGGUACGCCUCGCCGCGCAUCCAGCUGGGUAUGGUCUCCUUUGUCUGUUUCAUGUGCCCCGGCAUGUUCAACGCCCUCAGCGGUCUGGGCGGCGGAGGUAAAACGGACACCACCUUGGCCGACAACAUGAACAUCGCCCUCAACAGCACUUUCGCCGUCGUGGGUUUCUUCGCCGGAACCUUCGUCAACCGUAUGGGCAUCCGGGCCGCCCUCUCCUUCGGUGGCACCGGUUACACUCUCUACUCUAUCAGUCUCCUGGUCUCCGAGCACAAGCAUGUCCCCGGUUUCAACAUCUUCGCCGGCGCCUACCUCGGUGUCUGCGCGGGUUUGCUGUGGACCGCCCAGGGCACCAUCAUGAUGUCUUACCCCCUCGAGGAGAAAAAGGGUAGCUACUUUGCCUGGUUCUGGGCCAUCUUCAACAUCGGCGCUUGCAUUGGUAGUCUGAUCCCUCUGGGCGAAAACAUUCACAUCACCACCAACGUCACCGUCAGCGACGGCACCUACAUCGGCUUCAUCGUGCUCAUGUUCUUCGGGGCCGUGCUGGCGCUCCUCCUCUGCGACGCCGACAAGAUCGUUCGUCCCGACGGCUCGCGCGUCAUCCUGAAGCAGUCCCCCAGCUGGCGUACCGAGUUCGUCGGUCUGUGGACCACCGUGCGCGAUAACCCCCACAUCGUCCUGCUCUUCCCCAUGUUCUGGUCGUCCAACUGGUUCUACACCUACCAGCAGAACGCCAUCAAUGCUGCCCACUUCUCCACCCGCACCAAGGCCCUGAACGGCUUCCUCUACUGGUUCGCCCAGAUCGUCGCCGCCGUCAUCAUGGGCCCGCUGCUCGAUCUCGAACGCUUCCGUCGCAGUGUCCGUGCCAAGGCCGCCCUCAUCAGCCUGUUCGUGCUGACCAUGGCCAUCUGGGGCGGUGGAUAUGCCUGGCAGAAGACGUACACGCGCGAGACGGUCGGCGACCCCAGCUUCGUGCCCACCGACUGGACCACCCCCGGCUUCGUCGGCCCCAUGUUCCUGUACUUCUUCUACGGCAUGUACGACGCCUUCUGGCAGGGUAUUGUCUACUGGUUCAUGGGUGCUUUGGGUAACUCCGGCCGUAAGCUGGCCAACCUGGCAGGCUUCUACAAGGGCUUGCAGUCGGCCGGCGCCGCCGUCAUGUGGAGUCUGGACCGUGACAAGCUGCCCUUCAUGUCCGAAUUUGCCUGCACCUGGGCCUUGCUCUGCGGAUCGAUCCUCGUCGCGGCCCCCGUCGUCUUCUUCAAAAUCAAGGACCACGUCCCGGUGGAGGAGGAUCUCAAGGAUACCGGCGAGACGGUGGACGACGUGCUGCCGGUGGGUCACCCCGAGAAGCGCGAGGGCGCCCACGUGUAA